AUCGCGAGAGGUACCCAAGGUCGAACCAGGCGGUGGCGUCGCUUUGAUGCUGGCAAAACUUCCAGCGCUGGGGUAAGAACGUUCUGACUACGGCGGCCGUUAGGGGCAAAGGGUCAGUUUUAGUUGUGAUCCUGUUGGAAUAUUCCAUUAUUAAUGACAUUUGUUGACAGAGAUGGCAUCCCUAGACUCAAAUCACCCUGAUAUGACCUUUGUAGACCCACAUGGAACUCAUCGAACUAUACACAAUGUUUCAUUUUCAGACUGCCAAAAUGGAUUAGGCAUUAAAAUUAUUGGAGGCUGUCAAGAUCAAUCCAAAGAAGAGUAUGGAAUUUUCAUAAAGGAGAUAUUACCAGAGAGGAUAGCUACUACAGAUAAUCAAAUGUGUAUUGGAGAUUUGAUUUUAGAAUUGAAUGGCCAAAAAUUAUGUGGUGUAACUAAUGAAAGAGCUCUUGACAUGUUACAGAUGGCAUCGGCAACCAAUCAUGUGUCUUUGGUCAUUGCCCGAGAUGAAGAUGCAAAGAAAGAAUUUCUGGCCUUGAUGGAGAAGUACAGUUCACACAGUAACUCCAAUAGGAAUUCCCCAACGCAGCUCCUAACUGGUGUUGAUAGCUUUUCUUCAGGCACAUCUUCAGUGAGUCCUUCGCUAUUUCAUCCAAAGGACACUGUGACAAACUUCCCAGAAAGGCCUGCGGCGGUAACUUCUCUUCAAGCCAUCACAAAUGACAGCAUAUUUCAGAUCAUCAGCGUUUCCAAGGAAACGGGCAUGGGCCUGCAGAUUGUAGGAGGCAUCGACAAGAAUGAAGGGCCCUUGGUGUAUAUUCUGGCAGUUAUUCCUGGAGGGGACUGUCAUAAGGAUGGUCGAUUGAGACCUGGUGACCAGCUUGUAUCUGUUAAUGGGGAAUCAUUGAUUGGAAUCACCUAUGAAGAGGCAAGAAAUCUAAUCAACCAAACACAGCCGAGAUCAAAUACCUCUUGGGAGAUAACUUUCAUUCGACAUGAUUCUGAUCUUGAUGAAGUGGAAAAUAUGCAUCCAUUCUCCAAUUUGCCAAGUUCAGAGAGAUGUGAACUACAGAAUGAUCUACCCAGUCCAACAUUGUCUUAUAAAGAAAAUGUGGCUGACGAAAAAUCUGUCCUUGAUAUGAUGAAAACUGGAUUCAAGAAAGGAGAACAAUUUUCUGCAUUUUCUACAAACAACAGUUCCAUUGAUGUAUCAGCUGGGGCUGUUAGCCCUUCCUGGAGAAUUGAUUACGGACCACAAAAGAAGAUUUCCCUCAAUCCCUCAGUGCGCCUCAAAGCAGAUAAACUAGAAAUGGCUUUGAAGUAUCUUGGGAUUCAGCCAACAAAAGAAGAACAAGAAAUCCUAAGACAACAGCUACCAAGGGAUUCUGAAGGAACAGUCUGUUUUGGAGAUUUUAUUCAGGUGGCAAGGAAUUUAUUUUCUCAGCAGCUGGAUGAGACUGGUCAUAGCCCUGUGCAUGAAAUUGCUAAAUUACUAGAUUCACAGCUUGUAUCUUGUAAUCGUUUGGAAACACAGGAAAUGGAACAACUUAGGAAAGAGAAAAAUGAAGCUUUGAAAGAACUAUGUCAAUUGAAGGAAGAAUUUGCAAAGUCAGAACGUGUGAGAAAACAACUAGCUGAAGAGCUGCAGAUUACCAAACAAGAAGCCAAGGCAUCUGUGGAGGAGGCGAGAACCUUGCGAAGCAGAAUCCAUCUCGCAGAAGCAGCUCAAAAGCAAGCUCGUGGAAUGGAACUGGACUAUGAGGAAGUAAUCAGUUUGCUGGAGAUAGAAAUCACCAGGCUGAAGGCUCAGCUUGCUGAUCACGGUGGCCAAAAUAAAGAGAGUGUACAAGAUUUAAGAAAGAGGAUUACUGUGCUUGAUUGUCAGUUAAGAAAAUCUGAAACAGCCAAGAAGACCUUUGAGGUGGCAACUGAAAAGCUGCUAGAAUUUGUUGAGACUGUACCUGAAAUGCUAUUACAUGGCAGUAGUCCUCCAGUCACUUUAAGUGACAGGAAAGCCACAAUCUCUUCAAAAAUGCUCCUUGCACAUCUGGGACGGAAUGGCCACACUCUUGCAGCAUCUCUUGCAACAGAAGCCAAAGAACUUGCUAGAUCGGUCCGGGCUAUUCUAGAAGCAGAUUGUCUGCCUUAUGGGUGGGAAAAGGCGUAUACAGCAGAUGGAAUCAAAUACUUCAUCAACCAUGUGACACAAACAACAUCCUGGAUCCAUCCUGUCACUAAUGUACUUGCCUUGUCAUGCUUGGAAGGGAACGACGAUGAUAGUUUCAGAGAACUUCCAGAUCCACAAAUCUGAGACCAUAGAUGAAAGACAACCUGCUUUCAACAGUUUAUUCAUCAACAGAAAUAAAUUAAAGCUUAGUUAUUGUUUCUGUAUAGCAGAUCUUCAGGAUAAACAAUUGCCCUCACAAGAUCAGUUUCGUAUUCCAAGAGCUUAAUUUUAAUAUUGUUUUAUGUCCUUCUCAUUACAAAUUCAUAUUCCUUGCAAAUCAACUAUGAAUAACUUCUUGCAUUCCUGAUAAUUACUGCUGGUAAAAGAUGGUAUCUGGCCCAAGAGCUGAAUUGUUUCCUAUUGUAUGUUAUUCAAUAGUGCUGAGUCCCUCAAGCUAGUUUAGGGGUUAUAGAAAGGUAACAAAAACAGGUGUUGAUUUUAGGGUUUGGUUUGGUGACUUUGAGUCAAUGUUGAUCAUUAUGACACUUUGGACAAGUCACUGAAGUGGGGGCGGAGGUUGCAAGAUUUUGGAAGUGGUUCACUCUUGCCUUCUUCCUAGGGCUGAGAGAGAAUGACCCAAAGUCACCUAGCUGGCAUUGUGCCUAAGGCAAGACUAAAAUUCACAGUCUCUAGAUUUCUAGCCUGGUGCCUUCACAACUUCAUUAGAUUGGCUCUCCAGUUAUUUACUUAGCGAUUGAAUUUUUACUGGAGGGGGGGGGUUGUCGCUUAAAAAUAUACUUCCUAAGAUAUCUUUGAGGAAAUUCCAGUGGAAAUUCAACACUAUUUGUUCUCCUAGAUCUGGAAAUAUCACCCUAGCCAUUCUUUAUACCUGGUAGAGCAAGCUGUACCUCACCAAAGCUUAUGGCAUUUAAUAAAAUGUAUUAGUCAGCAAAGAUGCUACCAGACUCUUUCUGACACUUUGUCACCAUAGACUAGCAUGGCUGUCUUCUUAAUGUCUCUUCGAAAUUAAUGACGGAUCUGUUGUGCAAUUCUUUAGUCCCAUACGUUUUCAAACAGUUAACAAUACAUAAGCAUAAGUAAUUAGCAGAGCAGUUUUAUCUUAUGCUCAGCCAUAGUAACAUUUCAGCAAUCUGGAGAUGUUUGGGUUUUUUUAAAAACCUAUUAAUAGCUCUUCAGAAGUAGGUUGCUAUGUCCAGUGUAUUUCUUUAUCCUAGCAUCAUAUUGCUGGUCAGAUAAGUUCCAGUCACUUCACAUUUUUUGCUGACGUGUCAUGAAAGCUGAUUAUUUUCUGUUUAAAAGCAAAAUAUUUUCCAGCCUUGACUUAUUUUCUUUUAUAAGUUACAACCUGUAUUUCAUUAUAUGUUGUAGUGCAAAUGGAAUAUGUAGUCUUAAGAUAUAGUGCCUUAGCUGUUUGUAAGCAUUAGUAAUGUUCUUAAUAGUUUUUAUAACAAAAUUACCCUAAUUUUUAACUUUUUUAUUUCCCAUAAGCCUUCCCAAUUUUUCACCUUUUCUCUUUGUACACAGUUAUAAUAGGCUAAUGUACUGUCAUUGCAUUCAGUCUUACAA